AGACAGUUGCGCAUGCGCAGGUGGCGCCAACUGAGGAAAGAGCCGGGGAGUAGUCAAAUAGUCUACGGUCAGUGAGAGAGAGAAGGAGCGAGCUAAACGAGAGUAGACCAACAACCCCGGUCUCAAAUACAUUAUGCUCGUCUCGCCGCUGUCGCUUCAUCUCUGAUGUCCGCUUCCCGGUCGCUGAAUGGCGCUGGUUACCGUGCAGCGCUCACCGACCCCCAGCACCAGCUCCAGCCCCUGCGUUUCGGAGUCCGGUAGUGGGGAGGAUGACCGCCGCUCUCAGCCGAGGAGCAUCAGUGAAAGUUUCCUGACAGUUAAAGGAGCUGCUCUCUUCUUACCUCGAGGAAAUGGCUCCUCUCCCUCGUCUGUCUCUCGCGUCUCACAGCUGCGAAGCAAACAUGCAGGAGACAUCCAGCAGCAUCUACAAACAAUGUUCACUCUCCUCAGACCAGAGGACAACAUCAAACUGGCGGUUCGUUUGGAGAGCGUACACACUCCGAUCACUCGCUACAUGGUGGUGGUCUCAACCAACGGUCGCCAAGACACGGAGGAGAGCGUGGUGCUGGGAAUGGAUUUCAGUCCUGUAGACAGCUCCUGUUCUGUAGGGAUGGUUUUGCCCUUAUGGAGCGACACGUUGAUACAUCUGGAUGGAGAUGGGGGUUUCAGUGUGUCAACUGAUAACAAAGUGCAUGUAUUCAAGCCGGUUUCUGUGCAGGCCAUGUGGUCGGCCCUCCAGUCGCUCCAUAAAGCAUGCGACGUGGCUCGUUGUCACAACUACUUCCCAGGCAGCUUGUUCCUCACCUGGGUCUGCUACUAUCAAAGCAGGGUCUGCUCCGACCAGGUGCGCAUCAACGAGUGGAACGCCAUGCAGGACGUGCAGUCGCACCGCGCCGAUUCGCCCGUGCUCUUCUCUGAUGCACCUACAGAGAGAGAGCUGACAGAGCGUCGGAUCAAAACCAGUCUGAGGGAGAUUAUGAUGCAGAAAGAUCUUGAGAAUGUCACCUGCAAAGAGAUUCGAACAGAGCUGGAAAUGCACAUGACGUGCAACCUGCGAGAGUUCAAGGAGUUCAUUGACAAUGAGAUGAUUAUCAUUCUGGGCCAGAUGGACAGUCCUACGGAGAUCUUUGAUCACGUCUUCUUGGGAUCUGAGUGGAAUGCAUCCAAUUUGGAGGAGUUGCAGAAGAGCGGGGUCCAGUACAUCCUGAAUGUAACAAGGGAGAUAGAUAAUUUCUUCCCCGGUGUGUUUGAGUACCACAACAUCCGUGUUUACGAUGAGGAGGCCACCGACCUGCUUGCUUAUUGGAAUGACACCUACAAGUUUAUAUCUAGAGCCAAGAAAGCCGGAGGCAAGUGCCUGGUGCACUGUAAAAUGGGCGUAAGUCGCUCUGCAGCCACAGUGAUUGCAUACGCCAUGAAGGAGCACGGCUGGGAUCUGAAAAAAGCCUUUGAUUACGUCAAGGAGCGUCGAGCUGUGACCAAACCUAACCCGUCUUUCAUGAGACAGCUGGAGGAGUAUCAGGGCAUACUGCUGGCCAGCAAGCAGAGGCACAACAAACUGUGGCGUUCUCACUCCGACAGCGACCUGUCUGAGCACCACGAGCCACUGUCUAAAUCUCACGCCCAACCGCACAGCCUGGGUCGCUCCGACCCCCAUAACCAGGCCAGUAGCGCGCCUGGUCCCUCCGUGAAAGAACUGCUGGAUUCACUGGGAACUUCGGCCAUCACUGGCAAAGCAACGCACUCCACCAGCCAGCCUGAUACCGGCAUCCACUCCAAUCAGUUCAGCUCGUCGUCCUUUGAAGGCGUGGCAGCUCGAUCAGGCGACGCUAAAGCUCGAAACCCUGAAGCCCCUUCUCAUCCUGCUGAAGUCCAACUCAGCCAGUUGGACUCUCCUUGUCCCGAGUCCACAGCUGGCUCUGUGUCUCUGCUAUCUCCUCCACUCUCCAACGGCUUAUGUGACUCUGAGGAGCAGCCCUCCUCCCUUCCUCUCCCCCAGCCGAGGGCCGCCGCCGUGGUGCCUGAACCUCAAAAGACGGACGUGGCGGCUGUUGCACAAAGUGUUUUCGUGGACCAGCCUCACCUGCCUCCAUCCUGUCACCACCUCCCCCUCUCCCCUGCUCCAUCCCCAACUCCAGUGUGCAUGGAUGAGGUUAUCAAACCGCAGGCGUUGUCCUGCUCUCUACCUGUGAUGAAACCGACGCUAGUGUCGUCGGCUGAGCCCUUGACAACACAAACACCGAGCACACAACAGGCUGGACCCCGGUGUUUGUCUGCACCAGUGCCUGUCAAAAAAAGCGACUGUGACGAGCACAUGUGUGGCUCGUCUGUGGACGGUUUACCAGCACAUUCUCCCUCCAAUAGUGAUUUUACGAGCUACCCCAGUGCCACUCCACACGACAACGAGGUGUUGUUCAGCCACAGCCCCGAUCACAUUAACUUUUUCAGUGCCAGAGAAAAGUUCAAGGAAAUGAGUCAAGAUGGUAAAAGUCACUGUGCUGCAGUGCAGCAGUCGCCGCAGCUGAAGACUUGUGGCAAGGAACAACAACCACUGCCUCAGGAGGUCUCCAUUAGUGAGGGGAAGGAGGAGGAGGAGGAGGGGGAGGAGGAGGAGAAAACAAAGGAAAUGACCAUCCCUGUGCAGGUCACAGGACUGAAGCCUUCCGUGCACACAGAGCCACAGGGCCCCCAGGACCAGGAAGUGAGCAAGUUGAGGCAGGAAAUUGAUGAUGGAGAUGUUUUAUCACAGAAGGAAGCCAAGAAUGUUAAAGAGGAAGUGAAAAACAACGAAGAAGAGGAGGAGGAGGAGGAGGAGGAGGAGGAGGCUCCUGUUCGUCUGUGCAGCGAUUGGACGAGGGGGUCCGUGCGGCGCGUCACGCGACAGCUGGAGCAAAGAAUGAAACAGGAGCAUGAGACUCCGUCACCUUCCUUAUCGCCUCCGUCCCUCUCCGGCAGCUCCUCCUGCUCUCAGCAGCGCCCAACCAGCGUCCAUGCUGCAACAACUUCGAAUCCACAGAACGCAUCAGUUGGCCCGCAAGUGUCAGAAGUUAGCACUGUGCAGGAAGAGCAGGAGGAGGACGGUGGUAAUACGUUUGGACCAGUUAAAAGGGGGAGUGGUGAUGUAGCUAAUGUGGGUGCACUAGGAAAUAAUGACAAAAGCACAAAAGGACACAAACUCAAGCCUGCUGAUAUUCGAUUGCUCUCUACCUCGUCUUCUUUCCACCGCUCGGCCCAGUCUCCCUUUGCCUCUGUGAACUUCCUGUGUUUGGAGGGCGUGACAGAGUUGGAGUCAGGCACAGACUGGGACUGCUCCACAGAGGGACCUCAUAGUGACAUCAUCAUGAGGGAGACAUGGGAGACUUUGUGCGAGCUGGGUGCCUUCCUGCAGCAAGUGAGCAUGGACGGAGCCUGUAGGGGAAGGUGUGCGGGCCAGGUUUCUGGCCUCAGUGCUGGAACCGCUCACAAUCGAGGUAGCGGUUUCCAGAAGAGGGUCAGAGAGGUGGAAGCGAGGAUUCGCCAGGCUGGACUGACCCCUCCAUCCCUGAUGAAGCGCUCCGCCUCUCUGGCCAAACUGGGCUGUCUGGAGCUGCUCGCCAAGGACCUGAGUGAGUGGGAGCUCAGCCGCUCCUCUGUAGCUCCGUCCUCGGCAGAACCUCUGAUCCACACAGCUAGCGACGAGUCCAAGAAGCAACGGGUCCACAACUCUUCUUCCUCAGCCGGCCAGCAUCCGGAAGUCCUCGGGACGGGUGUGAAGAGGCUUUCUGAAGCUGGAGAAACCUCACCAGGAGCCUCUCCACCAUCCAGUCCACAAACAGGAGAACUCCCGAACUCUGACCAAGAAUCUCUGCAUGUGUCUGGGCUCACACUUAUGGCAACAAGGCAGCAAUAUGGAAGGACUCACCCCCUGCGGCAGCUUACGAAAAAAACUGCUAGUACCCUUUACCACACCAUGUAACCCUCACCGUGUUUGUGUGUGUGUGUGUGUGUGUGUGUGUGUGUGUGUGUGUGUGUGUGUGUGUGUGUGAGAGAGAGAGAAAGAGGGAUUAUGCACACCUGUGAGAAUUGGAAAUCAAGUGCAUAAUGUUGGAAUCAUUCAGCAAAACAAACCAAUGCCUCUUGCCUUAAAGAAUAUGUUUCUGUACAUGUUUUCCUCUGUGAAAUCUGAGAAAUUAGAUGCAUUUCAUUGUAGGAACAGCGACAAGGCUAUGAAGGGUCCAGCCAAUUGAAAAUAAACAUUUGAAUGAAAUUGGAAGAAGCGCUGAGUAGUUUGAAACACUUUCAGAAGAAGUCAUUCAAAAAGCAGCAAAAACGAUCAUCAAAAGUGAAUAACUUGUUACAAAUGUUAACAUGCCUGAGCCUGCACUUAUUCUCUUCACGUCAUCGCUGGUUUCUCCAUCACGAACUGGAUGUUUACUUGUUGUUCGUUCGUUGAAUAGUUCGACCUGGCGACCUGGUUUUCCUCUUCUUUUGCGUCCAAUGUCGCUUCUUCAAUAUUUGCCGGUUGUGCUGGGUUGCUGCCAAGAAAAUCAUACAGCUGGUACAAUCUCACAGGUAAAUGAAUCCACCCAACAUCAACCCAACAUUCAAACACACUUCUCAAACCUGCAGAUUUGGUUCAAAAUUGAAAAAAUGUAAAGAGAAACUUUGAUUACUUGGCAGAAAUACCAUACUGGCGAAUAAUUCCAAUUAAAGUUACUUCUGCUGUCUGCAGACAGAUUUUUAAACGUGGGUUAUUAUGCUAACAGCAGCUCAUCCACACAUACAGAGUCGAACCACAGACGCAACAGAUUCGUGUUUUACCCGAAAGGAAGAUGUAUGCAGAGCGGGAAAAAUCUACUGAAAAUAGCGGCAGGAUUCUUUUUGAAACACGAUGCAAAGAGAAGAGGCAUGCUGAGUUGUUGUUUUUUUUAAUGUUUUUUAAUGUUUGUUUUGACUUCUCAAUACCUCAGUAAGUGUGACUCAAAUCUGACCUGUGUAAACGUCAGGAUUCCUGGAAUGUCUCAGUCAGAAAUAAUUUCAACUUCACAGCUUCAUGAACUGAAGUAAUCAAACUCGUCUCUCAUGUCCUCUCAAUCGAGACAUUUCAUGUAUGCAUUGCUGUGUGGGAGGAAGUGUAGGUUAGGGGAUUGGGCGUUGAAGGCACCGUGUAUAUUUGUGAGUUUUCUGCUGUUUUCUUUGGGAUGUAAAGGUCUAUAUCGUGAGCGUUAACCUUCUAGGAACUGUACAUGUUUUUGUAUCUGGUUUGUCAGUGUGUGACUGUAGCACAACAUUACUAUGUAACUUUUAUUUUUAUUUUUGAUAAUCGUUAUCUAUUUUGUACAAAUUUUAGGAGUGUGCCUGUGACUGGCAAGUGAAGCUUCUCGGCAGUCUAUCAGAGAUGUCUGUACAGGGAGGCCUGUCAUACAUGCACUUUACUCCCGUUUUCUUUUUAAUGUGGCUUUUUUUUAAUGUGUGGUUGCUACUUCUGGGGAGCAUGCUUAGGUAGUAGCAGCUGUUGGGUUUGCGUGUGUAUUGUCAAAAACCAGAUUUUCUUGUGUUUUAUUUUAAACUAUCAAGUGUAAAUAUUCUUUUAUAUAAUGUGCUUCAACUGUGACCAUUAAAUAAUGGAAAUUAUUGAGUCUGUUUUGCUGUGAGACUGUUUACAGUAUUGUAAGGUCAUGGCAAGAUACGUUUUUAACAAUCUUGCUAAGUAUUUGGUGUUUAGCAAUUUUUAAUUGCUUUAGUCUACAAAAUGUCCACAAUUUCCCCUUUACGCCAUAAGGUCACAUCUUCAACUUGCUUCUUUUGUUCGAGUAACCAUUCAAAACCCAAAGAUAUUCAGUUUACUACGAUUAUAAAAUAAAAGCAGAUAAUCCGUACUUUGAUAUGGAUUCUAUGUGGUGAGUAUUCUGUUACUUUAAACAGCUGUAAGUUUUCAGUUAGCUGAUGUUAAAGGCGUCACUCUUACUCUUGAUCAUCCACAGAGCACAUGGUCCAUUGUCAUAAUGCCCGUUUCUUUGAUAGAAAGUAGUUUCAUGGAAAACAGUUUACUUUAAUACACUACAAAAUUGCAGGUGAAGCCUGCCUGGUAAAUUUUUAAUAUAUAUAUUAAAAAUGUUAAACUCUAAUCUAGUCAUAGUGAAGAAAGUUAUUCAGUCUGUGGUACAUUUAAUAUCUAUUAUAAUAAUGCUUUUUAGCUCAAAUAAGUAGAUUCAAUAGUGAGUAAAAAUGGAAAACAAACAGUUUAAGGUUAUUUCAGUUUGGAAACUCAGAACUGAUGUACUGUAUACAGCAGGGUUUAUUUGCUGACAUGUAUACUGUACAUGUACAAUAUCUUGCAAACAGUGCAGAAUAACUGGUUUUCAUUUGUACUGUAAUCUAAACAGUCAUAACACACCAGUGGAAAUGCCUUAAACCAUAAAUAGAGAAAAAUAUAUAUUUCAGUAGGUCAGUAGGCUCAGUUAUGUAUUUUGUGACUUGCUGUGAAUAUGAUGGCAGUGUGUACGGUGCAGUAUCUUCACUGACCAAUAUAAUAUAGCAGAAACAACCACCGUGACAUUUUUAUAACUUUGAUAUUCUGUGUUUGUUAGUCAAAGUUAUUGCAGUUCACUACCCAUUGAUAGCGUAGAUGUCCUGCAGUAUAAAACCGAGUGAGUACAGUAAUCCUGCUGCAAGGUAAGUCUUCUGAUUUUCUGUUCAUUUUUCUCUUUUUGCAGUGAAAAGUUUGACCUCUUCCUAGAUUGACAGCAACAAGGAAACACCAUGACCCCAGCAUGUUUAAUAUGUAGCAUGCAAGACUCACUAUCGCUAACUACAAAACCAGACAACUACUUUUUAAUAUCCCUUUUCACAGCCUUUGGACUACAAACUAGAACAACAACUGCAAAGUGAGAGUUUGUCCUUUGUGAAUACAUAGUAGCUACUUUCUGAUACUUUCUGUAUCGCUCAUUGUUUAAUUGUACAUUUUUUAUGAAAUGUAUUGUUGGGAGGCAAAUGUCAGUGUUAUGGUGAGCCUGAAGAUGUGUAUGAAGUGUUGCAUUUGUGCAUUUUGGAUUUCACUUUAGUGCUGAGCAGAGUUGGCGCAGAGAACAGUGUGAAGAGUUUUAAAUAUGUAAAAUGUAUAACCCACUUUUUAAAAU